AUGUCAACAACAUAGCAAUACUGAAACCCUUCCCGGCAUGCCCCAAACCAUCAUGGCUGCCGAGGAGACUUACAAAUACCGUCAGGCACCGACGGGACCCUCCUCCCGGGAUCUCCCCCCGAGGGGUGGGGCAGAACACGUCUCCCCGGGGGCUGCCACCUACGGCAACUACGCCGAGCACGCCUGCUUCAACCUUGCCAAGCUGAACGAGCAGAGAAAGGCCGGCGCGUUCUGUGAUGUUGUUCUGCGGGCCGAAGGGAAACACUUCCCCGCCCACCGUUCAGUCCUCGCCGCCUUCUCCGACUACUUCGCGGCGAUGUUCCAAACCCAGCUCGCUGAAGGCAACCAGAAGGAGAUCAAACUCAAGAACGUCAGCGCUAUCGCCUUAGAAGCCAUCCUAGACUACAUGUACACUGGGAGCAUCACCAUAGACUACAACACAGUCGAUAAAAUCCUUCCUUCCUCCGACUUGCUUCUCUUAAGCGACGUGAAAUCGUUCUGUGCGGACUACCUGGAGAAAAACAUGGAUUGUUCCAACUGUCUUGGCGUCAGGUACUUCGCUGAGACGUAUCGUCUCGGAGAGCUGGCCCAGAAGUCGGAAAGAUUCGUCUUGGCUAAUUUUCCUGAAGUCAUGACGCAUGACGAAGUCUUAGAACUGCCCCUUAACAAGCUGGAGGAGUUGUUGACAAACGAGGCUAUCUGUAUACGUGAGGAGCGACUGGCCUGUGACCUGGUUCUAAGAUGGGCGGCUGCCGACCCAGACAAGCGGGUAGCUCACCUGGCCCGUGUGCUGGCCCUCAUCCGACUCCCGCAGCUCUCUCCCUACUACAUCCACGACAGCCUGGACAAGAACCCACUCCUCGCCCAGUCCACCGACUGCAAGGCCUUGGUGGAAGAAGUCAAGCUGUACCACCUGUUACCGGAGAGGCGCGCCGCCAUGCGGCUGUCAGCGUCAGCGCAGCCGCGGGCGUGUAACCUGACGCGUGACGUCAUUGUGCUUCAGUGCGGGAAGACGCCGGCGUCCUGGUACGAGUACGGCGUGAACAUGACCAUGUGUUACAUGCCUGACGACGGCCACUGGUUCCCGUGGCCUCCAACGCUGACACCCAGGAUCAACCACUGUGCUAUAGCGCUAGAGGGGGCUAUCUAUGCCAUAGGUGGAAUGGACCACGCCGGAAACGUCCUGCGCUCCGCCGAGCGGUUUGACCUCCAGAAGAACGCCUGGUACCCCAUCGCCUCCAUGAGCGUGGGGCGUUACCACUGCGCAGUCACCGAGUUUGAUGGACAGCUGUACGUCUCCGGUGGUAUCACGGAUCACACGCGCGUCCUGCCGUCUGUGGAAAGAUACGACCCCGGGAGGGACGAGUGGACCACGCUCGCCCCCAUGACGGAACCCAGGUUCUACCACCAGUUUGUCAAGAAGGGAGACCGGCUGUUUGUCUUGCUGGGCAGGAACAGCAGUUACUUCAACACCAGUACAGUGGAGAUCUAUGACGUCAGAAGAGACCAGUGGAGUGUGGGGUGCCAGAGGGAACCCCCAGUGGAGCUACACCCCACCUGCGACCGGCCCGUCUGCACCCUGACCCGGAACCUCAUCCACCUCAUCCACCCCUGUGGCGCGUCCGUGGCCUACGAUGACGUCAGAUCCGCCUGGCUGACGUCACGCGUCCUUGCGCCCGUUCCCGGGCAUCACCCUAACUACUCCUUCUUCAUGCACGGGCGCGUCAUGUACGCGUUCGGCCCGCACCUGUCGCGUUGCUAUAGCUACGAUAUCGACUUGGAUAAAGACUGGAAGGAGAUCUCCCCCCUCCCCGUGCAGGGGGAUCUGCUCAUCACCCCCUGUGCCCUGCAGCUGUACAGGGAUCUCCUCCCCAAACCCGGGGGGAACACCCCACAAGCAGAGUCCCCUCCCGCCCCCGCAGCAAGCGGGUCCCCCCGGGGAGCAGAAGCAGCUAGCGGGUCCGGAUCUGGGUCCAGUUCAGGGUCUGGAUGCUAGAUCAAUCCCAGCACUCUCCGAGCAGAGCUUCAACUCUGGCUAGUUUUGACGUCAUUUUAAGCGUUUUUCACCAAGCCUUCUAUUUUGGCAGGUUUCCUUUUAGCCCGAUAAAAACACAUAAAAAGAUGCCACAAACCAGCCGAAGCCUAACCUCUGCUUGGAGAAUACAUUUCCAGCCUAUGUAGUCUAUCUGACUCCAUAGGCCGACUGAAUAGAAAGAACAGUGUUUGGCUGGCCGGUAGAGAGUUUCCGUGUGUCAGUUUUCAAGAUUGCCUGCCAGGGUCUGAUACUAGUAGCUAUGCGCUCAGACAGCACUGAUCGAAAAUAGCUAGCCUUGCUUCGAUGACUGUUGACUCUAACUAGUUGCAAAGUGGGAUAACUGGUUCAUAGUGUGCUGAUUGAUCAGUGAAAGGCAUAAAGCCUAGAAGACGUCUUCUCGCUAAUAAUGUGCAAUAUGCUGGGUACUAAGUUUCCCUUUCAAAGGACAUUCCAAGAUGAGCCUAGCAAUGUACAGAGAGCUGUUUCUUUCCUUCAAAGUUGCUUAAGAGAUGUAUGUAUAUGUAUAAAUAAGAGAAAUAUGUGAAGAAUAUGACUCAAUUACUGCCUUCUUUGUACCCAACGAAGUGUUUUCUUCAAACAACGUUUCUGUGACCGUCUGUCACCUUCCUCAGGGCAAUUCUGAAUUUGUACUGCAGCUGUAGGUGGCGCUGCUUACAGAUGCGUUCCCAAACUUAAGCAGAUGUUAGUAGCGACACCUUUAGCUGCAAGUUAGAAUUGCUCUGAGGAAGGUGACAGAUGGUCACUGAAACAUCGUUUGAAUAAAACACUGCAUUGUGUAUAAAGAAUUCGGUCAUUCAGUGACUAAUUACCAACAGGAUGAAACUACUUACAGAUGUCAAAUUACCUUGUGACACAUUUUGCAUCACGUGUAAAUGUGUCAGAAGAUUUCUAGUUGUGCAUGUUGUCUAGUAACUUGAUGAAUUUCUCAAAGAGCUAAACAUUAAGUUAUGAAUGUCCAGCCCACGUGAAACAGUGAAAGCGCAGCUAAAUGGCUGGUACGUAAAAAUGCUUCUAAAGCUUCAAAUUUAUGUAAAUUCAUACAUAUCAGUUUAUUUGAAGCACUUUGAAGUCUUUCCAGCUUUAUAUGAAAUAAGUGUGCUAUUAAAUAUGUAUAUAUAUGUUUUAUGCAGAUGUGAAUUUAUAAAGAAUUCUUAAGAUGAUUUCAAGUUUAUAUAUAUAUAUUUCUAUUUUGUUCUGCCAACAUAAGCAAUUUGUUUUAUUUUUAAGUUUAUCUGAAAUGUUGCCGUUCGUGUUUGCAACAGUCGACCAGUACCAGUGAAUCAUUAAACGCUACAAUUUUAUUGUUAAAAAAACAAUACAGCUUCUUGACUGGAAGUAUUGCAUUUAUUCAUAUGUGAUAUUAGUUUUACACGUCUAUUAUACAUGCAUUUGUACUUGAUAUUAUACAGUGAUAUAUGCAACUUGAAAUAUGUAAUUCUAUACAUAUGUCAAUAUUGGUACAUUCUAGACUUCAUGAUAUACAUUCUGUUUUAUACAUUCCGGUUACAGAAAGGCACCUCUUCAAUCAUUUUAUUGUAGUUUGAAUUCUUCUAUCUGUAACUUGUUAGGCUAUCUUAUUUGUACUCAUUUAGUGUAGCCAAUAAACGUUCCCUUGUGGAUCUACAAGGGGGGGGGGCGGUUGAUCAGUAAGGUAUGCGCCUCACUAUGAAAUAAGGUACACUACUAGAAUUUUUUGGGCAUAUUUAUAAAGCAUAAAGCAUUUAUGAAUGUCUGCCAAACAUCGAAGAAUUGCAUAAUUACUUUGCAGUCGACACC